GGCCGCGCGCAGCAACUGUACUUCCUGCUGGACCUAGCGCCAGUUAGCAAGCCCCAUUGAAACGAAUGAGAGGUAAUGCUAACCACUCACGGUCUUUCCUCCAUGGUGCAGCGGUCUCGCCGGUUCAUCACAACAAUGCAACAUGGUACAUAAACUCUGGCCCGCUAUGUAAAAACCGAAUCUGCUCCUGCACGUUUAAUAAAAGAAGAUGUCAGAUGUCACCAAGACAGUCCAGAAAUGGCACGCAAGUUUCAAAAAGGGCACGGACUUUGAUUCGUGGGGGCAACUGGUUGAGGCAAUUGAUGAGUACCAAAUACUUGCAAGGCAACUGCAAAAAGAGGUGCAGUCAUCAAAUUCUCAUGAUUUCACAGAGGAUCAAAAGAAAACCCUGGGGAAGAUUGCAACAUGUCUUGAAAUGCGGAGUGCAUCCUUACAGAGCACACAAUCCAGAGAGGAGUUUAAGUUGGAGGACCUGAAGAAACUAGAACCUAUCAUCAGAAGUAUUCUAACCUACAACAAAGAUUUCCCUUUUGAUGUCCAACCAGUGCCUUUAAGGAAAAUCCUUGCACCAGGGGAAGAGGAGAACCUAGAUAUUGAGGAGGACUUGGACAAUGCCACUGGGGCUUCUUUGACACAGUCCUUCCCCACUAGGGUGCCAGGUACUUUAUUGCCGCGGCUUCCUGCAGAGCCAGGAAUGACACUGCUUACCUUAAAAAUUGAGAAGAUUGGUUUAAAAGAUGCCGGCCAAUGCAUUGACCCUUACAUUACAAUUAGUGUGAAAGAUUUGAAUGGUGUUGAUUUGAACCCUGUUCAGGAUACUCCAGUGGCAACACAUAAGGAAGACACAUACAUUCAUUUCAGUGUAUAUGUGGAAAUCCAGAGACAUCUGGAGAAACUCCCAAAAGGUGUGGCUAUUUUCUUUGAGUUCAAACACUACAAGCCCAAGAAAAGAUUCACCAGUACAAAGUGUUUUGCCUUCAUGGAGAUGGAUGAGAUCAAACCUGGCCCUAUUGUUAUAGAACUGUACAAGAAGCCAACUGACUUCAAGAGGAAGAAACUUAAUCUUCUGACAAAAAAACCACUGUACCUCCACCUGGAUCAGACUCUUCACAAAGACUGAGCAAAUACAUGACCCAGCAUGGCACUGACAAAAGGGACAGCACUUUUCACACCUUGUAAAGCUUUUGGUUACCUUACUGAAGGUAUUUCUCUUACCUUCUCAGCAAUAUCACCCCAAACCUUAGCAUUCAGAGUUAUAAGUGUACCUUUCGCAACAGCAAUGUCUCUGUGUCCAUUGUGUUAAAGUGUUUUCCAAAUUUUUUUACCAACACAGCCCUUGUCCUUAAAUUCUGCCACUAAUAAAAAGAGACAUUAACAUUAUUAAGCUUUGCAAUAUCCAGCCAAACUUUAAUACUAUAUGACUUGUAAUACUGUAAUAUAUGUACAGCCAGCUGACUUAUUGCUAACUAAUUUAAAUAUGUGUAGAAAUGUUUAAUAAAAGCGUGUGUAUGAUUUGAAAGGCGAGGCUUUGGUAUAAAUAUCAAAUGGUAUUAAAGUUUGAAUAUGCAAUAAUGCAUAUUGCAAUUUUAAACUUUUAAAAAACUAAUCAGUUGAAUUAAUAAAUUCUCACUGUCAUUACAAACUUUUUUAUGGCGUUAUUGUAUUGCAGAAAUGUAGAAGCAUAACACUAUCAUACCGGUUUAUUUCACUAGUUUAGUUUAGUUAGUUUUUCAAUUUAUUUUGUUCUCAUAAAAAACACCUGUGCAUGGAUUUGCUUUACUUGUACUGUUUUUUUAAGAAAUGUUUUGUGUUCAUUUGGUCUGCUCCUGUGUGUGUAUGGGCAAAAAUAAAUAGUAAAACUUC